AUGAAGAGAUUCCAUACAUCGGUAACGGUUUCAGCAGCUCUGAUUCUGUUACUUCUAGCUUUGUUUAGCAGCAAGAAUAAUGUAGAGGGUCGUCAGAUUGCGCCAGCUUCCAUGGAUUCAGCUUCUAGUAAAGCUGUGAGAGAUUUGCAGAUAACCAAGGAGAUGAAGGAAGAGUCUCUAAGAGGUGAAAAAGAUAGCUUCCGAAGAAUCCCAAGGAGUGGCUCCAGCCCUAUACAGAACAGGAAAAGUCCCCUAGGAGCAAGUAGGAACCAGCGUAUCACAGCAAAAGAACCAUAG